CAGUAGGUGGCGGUAAUGCUCCUUCCAACUGCAAAUGUUCAUGAGAAGAAAACGCUUCGCUCACUCAGACGUGAUCCUCUUUUCUCCGGCAGCAUCAUGGCGACUGGCCGGGGUGAGCUGCCAGUGGAGCCUGUGGGUAGGAGCGUGUCCUGCGGGGGGGACCGCGCCACGGUUCGCUAUGUUGGCCCAGUGGAACCGUUUGAAGGUCUGUGGCUUGGGCUGGAGUGGGAUAACCCGGAAAGAGGAAAACACGACGGCAGUCAUAAAGGACGGCGAUAUUUUACCAGCCGAAAUCCCACAGGAGGCUCGUUUGUCCGUCCAGUGAAAGUCAGCUUUGGAGUGGACUUCUUGACUGCUGUUUCUCAGACCUAUGAGUUUAACAUGGAGGAUGUGUUGAAGGAGGAGAUCCCCAUUUCCUCUAAAAAACUGGAAUGGUCUGAUGUUCAGGAGCGGAGGUUUGCAACUCUUUCGUCCGUUCUGCUGAACCACUGUGAAGUGAAUGGAGCGGGGGAGGCUGGAGAAAUCAGGAGAACAACACCCAACGUGAAGUGGUUGGACCUCAGUCGGUCUCUAUUGUCCAAAUGGGAAGAUGUGGCUGCCAUUACUGAACAACUGGAGCAGCUGAGAGGACUGGAGCUCUGUGACAACAGACUUAGUCUGACCUCCGACCCCUGGGCUCACCAGCAGGCUUUCCGCAGCCUGAAGGUCCUGGCUCUCAACAGCUGCAGCAUCACCUGGUUGGAGAUCCUGGAAUGCGCCCCCAUGUGGCCUCAGUUGGAGGAGCUGUCAGUAGAAAAUAACAACAUAACGGAGCUGCAGCGGCCUGAGGGAGUCCUGCAGAUGCUGAAGAUACUCCGUCUGUCCUGUAAUCCUUUGAAGCAGGAGACUGUGUGCAGGUUGUCCUCUCUGCCAAGACUGGAGCAGCUGAAUCUUUCUGAAACCGGACUGUCAUCAUUUCAACUUGAAGAUGCAGAUCAAGCUAGCUGCACAGCAGCUUUUCCAUCCCUGAAGCGUCUCAAUCUGGACCACAACAGCAUCUCUGAGUGGCGUCUCAUUAAUGAUCUGACCAAGCUGCCCGACUUGGUGAAGUUAUCGUGUCGUAACAACAAGCUGCUGAGCAGAGAUGGAAACCUGAACACUGUAAACCAGAUGAUUAUUGCCAAACUUGGACAGCUGCUCUACCUGAACAACAGCGAGAUCAACCCUGCAGAAAGAAAAGGGGCUGAGCUUGACUAUAUCAAGAUGUUUGGAGAGGAGUGGCUGAAGGCAGGAGGGCCCGGCCAGCCCAGCGUGGAGUUCACCCUGCAGCACCCAACUUACCAGAGACUUAUCCAGAAGUAUGGAGCCGCUGAUGAAGGCGAACUGAAGAAGCCAGAACCGUUUGCCUUGAAAAACCAGCUGUUAAAGAUUACAUUUGUGUUUCCUGAAGCGGAGCAGAAACCCAUAGAGAAGAAGCUACCAGCUUCUAUGGUGAUUCAGAAGGUAAAAGGGCUGCUCUACAGGCUGCUGAAGGUCCCAGUCUCAGAUUUGAGAUUAACCUACACCAGCCCAAAGAUGUCGGGGACGGAGUUCGACCUGGACAGCGACUUAAAGACGCUGCAGUUCUACUCCAUAGAGAACGGAGACCAGGUUCUGGUUCGCUGGUCCUGACCCGGUCCAGAGGGGAACCUGAAAACCUUGACCUUCUAAAACCAUCAUAGUUUCCAGGAUGCUGCAGAAAUCCCCAUUUUCCAUAGAAGUUCAUUGAAUCAGUUUUUUAAGUUUGUUAUUUCUGAUGCUUUAUAUGUUCAUAGUUUGUAAACUAAUCUACACUUAAAAUUUUUUAUUUAAAGGGAAAAAACUCCCCAAAGGAAUUUUAAACCACUCUCUCUGAUCACUUUAAUUUCCAGAUAAAUUGCCUUCAACAGAGAGACUUUGAGAAAUAUCACACCUAAUUUGUUGUGCGGGAAACUAAAUAAUAAAAACCAAUGCCUGAAA